GACUAAAGUGGAAACAUGAGGCUGUCCUUCGCAGCCGCUAUCUCCCACGGCCGCGUCUAUCGCCGCCUGGGCCUGGGCCCCGAGUCUCGCAUCCACCUGCUGCGGAACUUGCUCACCGGCCUCGUGCGCCACGAACGCAUCGAGGCGUCAUGGGCACGCGUGGACGAGAUGAGGGGCUACGCGGAGAAGCUCAUCGACUAUGGAAAGCUAGGAGACACCAACGAGCGAGCCAUGCGCAUGGCUGACUUCUGGCUCACUGAGAAGGACUUAAUCCCAAAGCUGUUUAAAGUACUAGCACCUCGGUUCCAAGGUCAGAAUGGAAGCUACACAAGAAUGCUGCAGAUCCCGAAUAGUAAGGAGCAAGAUCGGGCCAAGAUGGCAGUGAUUGAAUAUAAAGGGAACUGCCUCCCUCCCCUGCCUGUGCCUCGCAGAGACAGCAACCUUACUCUCCUAAACCAGCUGCUAUUGGGACUGCAGCAGGACCUGCGCCAUAACCAGGAAGCAAGCCUCCACAGCUCCCUCACAGCUCAAACACCAAAGACUUAACUAGAGUUGGAAAGUGCAUGGCUCUCAUAGGUGUGUUCACAAACCCUGGAGCUCUUGUAAUGUGUGAGAACUGGAAGUAGCAUUGUAAAGUGGACCGUGGAAACCUUCCUGCAGACUUUUUGCACAGUAGAUAAAUUUUUGAUGUGAAUAUAUGAAAUUAAUUUUCUUUCCUUCCCUUAGGAUUUCUGGAAAGUGAGAGGCAUCCAGAUGCUCAGCCACCUACAAUAGUAAAUUCACAGCUUUUGCUUCUGA